AGCGGGCGGGGGCGCUGGGGCGCGCGUGCUGGGGAGCCAGGCCGGCUUCCCGGCUUGCAAACCCGGGGCUGACCCGCCGGGCCUUCGGAUCGGGAGCCGCGGCCAUGGCGGCCCUGAAGGUUGGGGACAAGCUACCCAGCGUGGAGGUCUAUGAGGGAGAUCCUUCAACUAAAGUGAACUUGUCCAGCCUCUUCAAGGGCAAAAAGGGCAUUCUUUUUGGGGUGCCUGGUGCCUUCACCCCGGGUUGUUCCAAGACGCAUCUGCCUGGCUACGUGGAGAAAGCAGGUCAGCUGAAAGGCAAAGGCGUUGAGAUCAUUGCUUGCUUGUCCGUCAACGAUAUCUUCGUCAUGAAUGAGUGGGGCAAGGCUCUCCAAGCUGAAGGAAAGGUGCGGAUGCUGGCUGACCCAACUGGGGCUUUUGGAAAGGCCACUAACCUCUUGCUUGACAAGGAACCUCUUCGGGAGCUGUUUGGGACAAACCGAUCCAAAAGGUUCUCCAUGGUGGUGGAGGACAGCAUAGUGAAGUCCCUCAACGUGGAAGAAGACGGGACAGGACUUACCUGCAGCCUGGCUAGCAACAUCGUCUCUCAGCUGUGAGCCCCAGACACCCAUGGGUCCUUGCCAAUCUCAGCCCUGGUGGGAAUCCACCCACCACCCCCAGUUGGUUCCUCCCAGAUGACCCUUGCCGUAUUUUGGAAUUUGCUCAAGAUAGCGCACAAAAGAUGUCGGGCGGGCGUGUUUACGUAAUUACUUUAACUUCUCCGUUGCUUUGCUUGUGUAUAAAUAGCCUGAAAUAAAACUCAGAUGUCUCA